GGCCCGGAGGGGCGGGCGCCAUGUCGGCUGCAAAGCAUCAGAAGUCGUCCCAUACUGUCAGUGAAAAGGAUCCAGGUGCGAAGGAACGGCGCGGCACCAUCCAAUAAUCAUGAUCACAAGCCACUUGCAUUCAUUGGUGCAGGUUCCCAUCGUUUUCUCGGGCUGGAGCGCCUCGAGAAGGAGCUGCUAUGGGACAUAUCGUCGCGCACAUCGACAGCAGAGCGCGUGCCCCUCUCCUGCGUCAGCAAGGACCUCCGCAAGGCGGCGAAUUCAUCCACGUACGGGAUCUACAGAGAUUUGGUCAUUACGGAGGAUGACAUCGGCGUCUGGAAGAGGCUGGACUCAUCGCACCAUGCCCGGAGUGGCAACCUGUUGGACAAACACCUGGUAGAGAAGUCGAAAUGUAUGUAGGCUGGCGCAUGAAUGCUGUCUGGAUUGUGUGUCCGAUGCAGGGCAAUAUCCGCAGUGCCAACGUGGCCCUUGAGAGGGCCCACUGGAACGAGGAGAUCCCCUUUUUGCCCAUCGCUGCCGACUCCAUGGAGGCGUCCCGUGCGACCCUAAGGUCGAUCCACAUCCACGGCCCGCCCAAACCACACAGCUGCCCGGAGCCACCCCAGGGGCCGGGCGGCCGCGAGCCAGUGGUGUUUGAGCGUGUGACCGAGCUGAGGGUGACCAACAACCAGUGGCUGGAGCACUUCAGGUGAGCGAGGGCUGUGGAUUGGGGAAGGGAUGAUUCGCGCAGACGGUGUGUGUGGUAUACCUUCAGGCGGCGUCAGUGGGUGUUCCCCAACCUCCUGACACUCGAGGUCGGCCAGCUGUGCGCCAAAGACGACGGGCUCAGCUGCAGUUGCAAGAAUGGCCACUCCAGCGACACGAGGAUGGGCCUCAGCAAGUGCGAGCCGUGCUCCAUCGGCUGCCUCACGCACAUCCUGGCUCACUCCCCAAAGCUGAGGAGCCUCACGGCCAUCAGCAUCGACAUCGCACCAGGGGAGGAUUUGGAUGCCUUCACGGAGGCGGUGGGGAGGUGUCCGGACCUCACGUGCAUUGCAGGGUUGGCGACGCCGGAGGGUAGCGAUAUGGGGCUGCUCAAGGGGCUCCGUGACGCGCUCGACACACACUGGCAGACAAUACACAAGAAAUGUAGGCUGGAGGGCAAGAUCAAGCCUUAUUGAGGUGCUGUGUCAUCCUUUGUGUUUUUUCCCUCAUGCAGUUGUUCCGAAGCGUCUGGUCAUUCGUCACCAGUUUCGGUUUGAUCCGGCGUUCGGCGGCAAGACGAUCAGCCGCUGCAUCAACGACCUGCUGUAAGCCAUGUGACGCUUCCUCACCAGUCUUCUGGCAUGUAUGUGUGUAUGUAUGUUUGUGUGUGCUGUGCCUUGAGCAGCGGUUGGGCGAGGAAGGUCAACUGUUCUGUGGAGCUGCUGCCCCUCACUGAUGAAAAGGGCUGCCCUUGGGCGCAACCUAGCCUGCCGGUGAGUCACCGCUAUGGAUGGAUGCGUGUAUAUGAGAGGGGGAGAGGGGGGGUGGGGGCCAACGGAUGGAUGGAUGGAUGGAUGUCCACGUGUGUGCAGCCCUGUCGAGACAUCAUGAUCGACUGUCAAGUUCAAAGUGUGGGCAGUGCGGCCCCAGCACCGACCGGCCGUGUCAGACAAGUGAUCCAGGAACGGGCAAACAAGGCCGACAAGGUAACGAACUACUCACACCCUACACCACACAUCGUACCUGACCGCAUUUUGUGUGUGGCGUUGUGUCUGUGUCUGUCAGGUGGAUAUGGUGGUGGGCGGCACCCCGCUGCACAAGUCCAUGCAGCCGCUGCUGGUGUUCCCGAGUGUCAGCCGCCUGGCCCUGUAA